GCAACUUUCGCCUCAUCUGUUACGUGUGGCGUUGACUGCAACUCCUCUCUUGGCUCUAGAAGCAGCUCUGGGCCUAUCACGGUUCUUCGUCGUCGUCGUAGCAACUGUGCUGCCAGCACUCGUAGUGUCGCCUUUUCCCUAGGCUCUGCCAAAAGUUCCUGGACCUCAGAACCCGCGUACUAUGCAUGUGCGGCUUCGCCAACCAACACCUUUAGCCUACCUCCCCACUCCGGCUCCUCUAGUGUCUUUAAUGUUGCCAAUAACACCUCAUCGGUUUCUUGCUCUUCCUUUUUGGGCUCCUCCACCGCUAAGACCCAUCUCAGUCCUCCUCGUAUGACUUCCUGUGCCGCGGUUGUCUCUCCUGGUGGUGCAGCCGCAGCCGUAUCCCCCGUUGACACUGGCGUCGGGGCAUUCAGCGACGAAACCCUAUCACGCAUCGACAUCAGCAGCGCCCCACUUACACUGACUGCAACCUGGCCUCUGCCGGUGUCUAGGCUGCCUGUGGCGCCAAUACCUCGUCUGCCGAAGCGGUGUGGCGAGCUAAGACAGCCUAUUCUUCCGGCCAUGCGAAGUGAAGUUGGCCACGUGCGGCCGCUCGUUCAACCCGCCAUUGAUGCUGGUGGAGAUAGAGCAAGCUCUAUAGUCAACGACUUUGGGGAUCCCUCUUUUUUGACUGCCAAUGAGAUGGAUAUAAGAUGCUCCACAUUAACUGGACUCGUGUCGGUUAGCCUGCUCUCACAGCACCAGCUCUUACGGCAUCACAUCAACUCUUUGGUCUCACCUGCCAUUAAUUCUCGGUACUCCACCUCCGCUCCCUUUGAUGGCGUUCUCUUCGUGCUUGGCAACCUGCAUGACCAGUCUCAAGUUAGCCCCAUUAAAGGACUUAGUGGCUCUUCGAAUCAACCCUUUUUGUUACAAGUUAAUACAACGAAAUCUGCCAGAGCCUCCGUGGCGGAAACUUCUUCUUUGGAUUCUUCCCUAUCAAGCGUACCCUACUCUGCCGUACAGACAUUCGGGACGCCAGUUUCGGUUUCAGUUACCAAUGCCGAAUUAGCCAAACCCGUCCAGGACGCUUGCAAGCCACAUUCAUGCAUAGGUACCGACUCUUUUAUAGCAGAAAACCUUCCAGAACUGGUUAAACAACCGUAUACCGGUUCCUCUGCCCUUUCAAUUGUUUCUCCUGGUUGCCACCAUCCCUGCAAAUUGGCCGAACACGAUUCGGCUUGCGUUAUUCCAUAUCAGCGAGACAAUCAGUCCGAGUCCCGAUAUGCUGAGCCAUCAAAUAAAGGCCAAGUGACCAAUCUUCCUAUUCGCGGUUUGGAGCGAAAACACUGCCUACCUCUUUGUCCGUGUGCCUCGUGUCGAGCCAUCACUUUCGCCGGACAGAACCAGGAUUCAAACGGUGAUUCGCACCUCCGUUUGGGUCACCAGUAUUGUUUGGGCACGACGGCUGGGGCAUUUGGCACCGAAAUGUGUACAACUUGCUGGUGUCAGCCCUUGCCUGCGUGCAGUUGUUGCCAAUUUGAUCGAGAAUUUUCCGACGACCUCCUUCGUUCUGGUAUGCGAUUGGUUCCUGCUGAUAAUCCCGAUAGGGCGCUCGAAUCCGGCCGCGCCGUCUUGGAUUUGGGUUCCUCUGUCUGCGGAACAUGUUGCCAUGUCUUUUCCACUGGACAUCCACUUGCGGCGAGACUAGUUUGCCCAUUCUCAGCUCCUCACGAGGCUCUCGGGGCUAGCCAGCAUCCGAUGAAUCCGUCGGCUGUUGAAUGUCCCUCUAGCGCUACUCAAUCUGCACGGGUCCGAUUUUUGUCUACCUGGCUGAGUUCGAACGACUUCACCUUUGAGUCACGUCAGAAAGCGGUUAAAAGCAUCCUGCGUUGUUUGCCGGACAGUCUUCCACGGCUAAUAUUGCAAGCCUUACCCCAAUCACACGGUAGAACCAGCUAUGCUGUGCUGCCAAUCUCGGCCUCUUCCACUUCAUAUGCAUGGGGAUGUCAUACUCAAGAUUGUAUACUUGGGGCCAACGAAAGAACGGCACCCACGGAACAAUCGUCUCUCUCUCGGUCAGAUUCAUCGUUUGUAGCGUCAGAUUCUCAUUCAAUUACCUGUACCAACAACACCAUCUCUUCGAUGCCCCUUAAUUCAUCAUUAAUGUCAGCAGCAUCUGAUGUGUGCUCCGUGCAUCGUUGCGCUCGCUCAAUGGCCAAAAGCCGUAGUCUUGAACAGACGAUUGCCGACACUCUAGGCCAAACUCCACUAGGCAAGCACACUCCACUUUCCCCAGAGUCUAAUUCUGUCUUGUCGGAAGGCACUCCUGCUCAAGCC